AGCCUGGCCCGGCUGCUGCUGCUGCUGCUGCGCGCCUCUCGCUCUCUCCGCCGCGCACCGCCUGCUCCUGAGAAGCCCCACCGGAGGCAGAGGCGGGCCGCGGCGUGGCCGAGACGAUGCCGCACUUCACCGUCGUGCCCGUGGAGGACAAGCACCGGACGGACUACGACAACUUGGAAGGACUCAGCUGGGUGGAUUACAGCGAGCCCGGAGACGGGGCGCGCCGCGCUUCCCACCAGCGCGAUGCCUACGACACGGUCAGCUCCGACGGCCAUGGCAACCACAAAGAAAGCAGUCCUUUCCUCAACAAUUCUGAUCCUGGCAAAGGAGGAGAUUAUUAUGACAGAAACUUGGCUUUGUUUGAGGAGGAAUUGGAUAUUCGGCCAAAAGUCUCUUCCCUGCUUGGCAAGCUGGUCAGCUACACAAAUCUCACUCAAGGAGCAAAGGAACAUGAGGAAGCAGAAAGCACGGAAGGGGCAAGAAAGAAAAUAUCAAAAUCACCCAGCAUGGGCACCUUGAUGGGCGUUUACCUGCCGUGUAUGCAGAAUAUCUUUGGGGUCAUUCUCUUCCUGCGAUUGACAUGGAUGGUGGGAACGGCUGGUGUUCUGCAGUCCUUCCUGAUUGUCUUAAUCUGCUGCUGCUGUACCAUGCUGACAGCCAUAUCGAUGAGUGCUAUUGCAACAAAUGGUGUUGUUCCAGCUGGCGGUUCAUACUUCAUGAUCUCAAGAUCAUUGGGCCCUGAAUUUGGUGGCGCAGUGGGACUGUGCUUUUACUUGGGGACAACAUUCGCAGGCGCUAUGUACAUCCUUGGUGCCAUUGAAAUUUUGCUAACAUACAUUGCUCCUCAAGCGGCCAUUUUCCAUCCAACUGGGGCCCAUGACACUUCCAACGCCACGUUGAAUAACAUGCGAGUGUAUGGUACUUUGUUCCUCACGUUCAUGGCUGUGGUGGUCUUUGUAGGCGUGAAAUAUGUCAACAAAUUUGCAUCUCUGUUUUUGGCUUGUGUCAUAAUAUCCAUCUUGUCCAUCUAUGCUGGAGCAAUCAAAUCCAUCUUUGUGCCACCCAGUUUGCAUGUUAGCAACAGGACUCUUUCAAGGGACCAGUUUGAUAUUUGUGCCAAAACUACAGUCACUGACAACGUCACUGUGCCCUCCCAGUUGACGGAACUUUUCUGCCCAGGUUUCAAUAUAACCUCUGGAUUCUGUGAUGAGUAUUUCCAGUUCAACAACGUUACUGAAAUUGUAGGGAUUCCUGGACCUGCUAGUGGCGUUUUGAAAGAUAACGUCUGGAGCAAUUACUUGGAGAAAGAUGAGAUUCUGGAGAAAGCAGGUCGCCCAUCUGUUGAUGUGGCUGGGCAUAAGAGCAACCUUCACCUUUACGUUUAUGCAGACAUAGCAACUUCCUUCACAGUGCUCGUUGGCAUCUUCUUCCCUUCAGUGACAGGGAUCAUGGCUGGCUCAAACCGAUCUGGAGACCUCAAAGAUGCCCAGAAGUCUAUUCCUGUUGGAACUAUCCUAGCUAUUAUAACUACGUCUCUAGUCUAUUUCAGCUGUGUGCUGCUGUUUGGUGCUUGCAUUGAAGGUGUUGUUCUUAGAGAUAAAUAUGGUGAUGCCGUGAACAGGAACUUAGUGGUGGGCACUCUUGCGUGGCCCUCUCCGUGGGUCAUUGUGAUAGGCUCAUUUUUCUCUACUUGCGGAGCGGGUUUGCAGAGCCUCACUGGUGCCCCGCGGCUGCUUCAAGCAAUCGCCAAGGACAACAUCAUUCCUUUCUUAUGGGUGUUUGGCCACGGGAAGGCAAAUGGUGAGCCAACCUGGGCCCUUCUGCUCACAGCACUGAUCGCAGAACUCGGCAUUCUUAUCGCAUCCCUUGAUAUGGUGGCCCCGAUUCUUUCUAUGUUUUUCUUGAUGUGUUACUUGUUUGUCAACUUAGCCUGUGCAGUGCAAACACUCCUGAGAACUCCAAACUGGAGGCCCAGAUUUAAGUACUACCACUGGGCCUUGUCUUUUUUAGGCAUGAGUAUCUGCCUUGCGCUGAUGUUCAUCUCCUCCUGGUAUUAUGCUUUAGUGGCAAUGCUCAUUGCAGGCAUGAUUUACAAGUACAUUGAAUACCAGGGGGCGGAGAAGGAAUGGGGUGAUGGGAUCCGGGGCCUGUCUCUAAGUGCUGCCCGAUAUGCUCUGCUGAGAUUGGAGGAAGGGCCCCCACACACCAAGAACUGGAGACCGCAGCUGUUGGUGCUUCUGAAACUGGACGAAGAUUUGCAUGUGAAAUACCCCAGACUGUUGACGUUUGCUUCUCAGCUGAAAGCCGGCAAGGGACUAACCAUCAUUGGAACAGCGAUACAAGGCAACUUCCUGGAGAGCUAUGGAGAAGCACAGGCGGCUGAACAGACAAUCAAGAAUAUGAUCGAGAUUGAGAAGGUGAAAGGAUUUUGCCAAGUCGUUGUAGCUAAUAAAGUCCGGGAUGGCAUUUCCCACUUGAUACAGUCAUGCGGAUUGGGAGGCAUGAAGCAUAAUACGGUGGUCCUGGGGUGGCCUUAUGGCUGGAGGCAGAGUGAAGACUCAAGAGCCUGGAAAACCUUUAUAGACACUGUACGCUGUACAACUGCAGCCCACCUUGCCUUGCUGGUGCCCAAAAACGUUUCCUUCUACCCUGGCAAUCAUGAGCGUUACAAUGAAGGGAACAUCGACGUCUGGUGGAUUGUGCAUGAUGGAGGCAUGCUGAUGCUGCUUCCUUUUCUGCUCAAACAGCAUAAAGUUUGGCGAAAAUGUAAAAUGAGAAUUUUCACCGUAGCUCAGAUGGAUGACAACAGCAUCCAGAUGAAGAAAGAUCUGGCCACCUUCCUCUACCACCUCCGAAUAGAGGCUGAAGUAGAAGUAGUGGAAAUGCAAAACAGCGAUAUCUCCGCCUACACUUACGAACGGACUCUGAUGAUGGAACAGAGAUCUCAGAUGCUGAGGCAGAUGAGAUUGACCAAAACAGAGAGAGAAAGGGAGGCUCAGCUGGUGAAGGACAGGCACUCUAUCAUAAGGUUAGAGAGCCUGUACUCCGAUGAGGAGGAUGAAGGAGAAGCAGUUCCAGAAAGGAUCCAGAUGACAUGGACAAAGGAGAAAUACGACUCUGAUAAGCGAAUCCGUAACAAUGCAGUGGAGAACUUCAGAGAGCUCAUCAGUAUUAAACCAAACCAGUCAAAUGUCCGGAGGAUGCACACUGCUGUGAAGCUGAACGAAGUCAUUGUAAACCGAUCCCAUGAUGCGCGACUUGUUCUUCUCAACAUGCCUGGACCUCCCAAGAACACUGAUGGAGAUGAAAACUAUAUGGAAUUUCUUGAGGUCUUGACCGAAGGCUUGGAGCGAGUGUUACUUGUCAGAGGUGGUGGCCGAGAAGUCAUCACCAUCUACUCUUGAUCCAAACACAACAGCACCUGACACCAUUUCCCCUUUACGAUAAAAGGACAUUCCAGUUCUUGAUGGAAAAUGGGGCUUUUUCUCUCUCUGCCUCUCUCUGAACUAUUCUCUUUCCCGCAAAGCGUACACAAAUCACUGUAUGUCUAUAAUGCAUGUUCCACUGCAUUAUUCCAGUUCCAACAUACAUAUCUCUUUCGGGGUGCGAUUGUAUUGUACCAUUCUGCUUAGGGACACAUUUAAUCAUGACUCUGAUGUAGCUCUGCUUCUGCUUUCAUAUUCUGGCAGACGUUUGUACAGUUCUGAUACUGAAACUUCUUCUUUUUUAAGGAAAUAAAAGUGCAGAAUUUUUAGUAACUGAA